AUGCUGGUGACCUGGGGAUUCCUGACUGUGUUUGUUACUACGGGGGUCGCUGGAAAAAGUCCUGACAAGUUUAAUUUGAUUGUUCCUGGUUCGGUCUCAGCUCAUAUGGGAUCCACUGUCACACUGCCCUGUGCCGUCUCUCCUACAUUCAGUGUGGUGCCACUAAAGAUGCGCUGGCACCGACCCAACCGGUUUAAAACCCCAGUCCUGCUCUAUGAGAACAGGAAUGUCCAGCAGGACCCAGCUGGUACAGGGUACAGGGGCAGGGUGUCUCUGGUAGGAAACCUGGAGCAGGGAAAUGUGUCCAUGAAGCUGGAGAACAUCACACCGGCAGACAAUGGAACUUAUCUGUGUUAUGUACAGAGUUCAAUAUGGUAUGAAGAAGCCGGUGUGCCUUUAAAUGUGGAAGGAGAAGUUAUUGGCUCUGUUCCACUUCUAAAUGUACCCAAAAGAGAUGAUGGACAGGUGAAUGUUACCUGCACAUCACAUGGAUGGUUUCCGCAGCCUACACUCACUUGGACCGUUGGAGGAGGAGAGGAAAUCAAUGCUGUCAACAACACAGUCUACACCACAGAUGACCAGAGUUUGUGGAGCAUGAGAUCCUGGCUGCUGCAUCCUUUCUCUGAGGAGAGGAUCUGCUGUUCUGUGGGGCUGUCUGAUCAGAAGAGGAAAGAGGGCUGUGUGGUGAUAUUCGCUCACAUUGAAUACAAAUUGCAGUAG